AUGGGUGUGAAUGGCCUCUGGACGGUCCUCCAGCCCUGUGCGCGCCCGACCAAUCUUGCCACUCUCAAUCGAAAGCGUCUCGCUGUCGACGCCUCCAUUUGGAUAUACCAAUUUCUCAAGGCCGUGCGCGAUAAGGAGGGCAACGCUCUGCGCAAUUCACACGUCGUAGGCUUCUUCCGCCGCAUCUGUAAGCUCCUCUGGUUCGGUAUACGGCCCGUCUUCGUCUUCGACGGUGGCGCUCCCGCCCUCAAGCGCCAGACGAUUCAAGGGCGCAAACGCCGUCGCGAGGGACGCCGCGAUGAUGCUGUCCGCACGGCGGGCAAGCUGCUCGCCGUGCAGAUGCAGCGAAUCGCCGAGGAACAGGACGAGAAGCGCAAGAGAGAGUCGGAGAGGGGCGUUGACGAGCGAGCUAGGCAGGCCGAGAUGGCCGAGGAGGAGGCUGUGCCGAAUGCGGAUCAGCUCGUCUACGUGGGUGAGGUUGGCAUGUCGCAGCAGGAGCGACAGCAAACGCGGACGUUUCGCAAGCAGGACCAAUACCAUCUCCCUAAGAUGGAUGGGAACAUCUCUUCCAUGGCAAGGGCGGAUGAUCCCAGGAUCAUGAGUGUGGAGGAGCUGGAAGAAUACGCGAGACAAUUCAACAAUGGCGAGGACCUCAAUCUUUACGACUUCAGCAAGAUCGACUUUAACGGCGAAUUCUUCAAGAGCUUGCCGCCGCCGGAUCGAUACAACAUUCUCAACGCCGCCCGUCUGAGAAGUCGGCUGCGAAUGGGCCUGAGCAAGGAACAACUCGAGGAGAUGUUCCCCAAUCGGAUGGAUUUCUCCCGCUUUCAGAUUGAGAGGGUCAAGGAGAGGAAUAACUUGACGCAGUUGCUGAUGAAGGAAGUCGGCAUGACCGGCCUUGAUCUGACUAUCAAUGGAGGCGGUCGUAUCGCGGGUGAGAGAGACCGCGAGUACAUUCUCGUGAAGAACGAUGGAGUCGAAGGCGGUUGGGCGCUUGGUGUCGUCAGCAAAGAGAAGGACAUUGGCGAAGCUCACAAACCAAUCGAUAUUGAUGCUUUGGAGUUCAAGUACCAGCAAAAAGACGAAGAACCGGACAUGGAAGAGGAGGAGGAGUUUGAAGACGUUCCUGUGCAGGGUCUUAACAGACUGCCAAAAUUAACUCGUGGAACUGAGGGUCAAACCAUGGAUGAGGAAGAUUCUCUCUUCGUUGGUGGUGACCAGGCACUGAAGCCGUCAACGAAACCCCAGGAGCAACAAUCGGAGGAUCUUCACCCCGAAGAAGAGGACGACCUUAACCAGGCGAUCGCUUUGUCGCUCCGGAGCCAACAUGUCGCGAACUCUGACACCCACGAAGUCGAGGACGUUUUCGAGGACGUGGAGCUGGCGGUUCCCCAGUGGGAACAGAAGGCAGUCCCCCAGAACAAGCCGAUCGCCAGCUCGAGCGGCCGCAUGGUUGCCCACAUCGUCAACAACAGAGCCAGUGCUGCCGUGCCUAAACGUCGGCAAAGCAACGCCAGCAGUAGCGACAGCGAUAAUGAUCUACAAGCUGCCCUAGCAGCUUCGCGCAAGAACAGGAAGACUCAGCCAAAGCCGGUGCCUGGCAACAUCAAGAACCCAUUUGGCGGACCUUUGCCAUUUCCAAAGCUUGAUAUUAGCUCCAUCUUUCCCGGCAGAUCACGUCCUAGCAACCCAACAACUUCAGAACGACCUUCGAGUCGACAUUCGGGCGGUGCUGAACCCCUGAUGGGUUUUCUAGACGACAUGGCUGGUGGUUUCGAGCCAGAGCCUGAUCCAAACGCACCUAAGCCACUGCCCCCGUGGAUGACGGACAACACCGACAUUCGUGACACUAUGUUGAAGGCCAAAGAAGUCGAGCAAGAAAUCAAUGCAGAGGACAGGGAGGCCGCAGCGGAAGAAGAGAUGAUGUUCCAGCGCAAGCGCCAAAACGAGACGAUCGAGAUUGCUUCUUCUGACGAUGGGAGCGACGUAGAGGUCCUGGAGGUUGCUCCCGCACCUAAGAAAAUGGCCUCCCCAGUAGAGAUACCUUCUACACAAAGUUCAUUGGCGCGAGAAAGCUCCGAGAAGGCCGAAGUCAAUGAGACUCAAACCGCACCUGAAGAGAACUCGAGCGUAGCUCCUUUGGCUGACGAAGCCAAUGAACCAGUUCCUGCGAUCACUCUUGGUGGAGUCGCUAGUUCGAGCAAGUCAUCUGUUUCGCCUGAACCUGAAUUCGAGGACAUUGAAAUCCCGGAGCAGGAAGAUGAACAUGAUAUUACCAUCAGGGAGCUCUCAAACACUCCCGAGACUGUUGUGCCCGUCGCAGACAACUCAACGGCUGACAAAGAACCUGAAACAGCGGGUGUUGCCCAUCAGGCAGAUUUCUCAGAAGCACUUGCGCAGACCGCACAGCCUGCGACUGAGAAUGCCGAAGACGAGUACAAUCCCUUCGGAGAUAGCGAUGUCGAUGAAUACAGCGACCCUGAGGACGAAGAGCUCUUCGCUAGUCUCGCCCAAGAGGCAGAUGAGCACGCUCGGUUCGCCAGCGAACUCAACCACAAAUCAGAGCAAGAAAACCGCGAGGCUUACGAGAGGGAGCUGAAGGCGCUACGGACGCAGCAGAAGAAAGAUCGCCGUGACGCCGACGAAGUGACGCAAGUCAUGGUGGGCGAAUGCCAGGCCCUGCUCCGGCUCUUCGGCAUCCCCUACAUCACGGCGCCAAUGGAAGCUGAAGCUCAGUGUGCCGAGCUUGUACGCCUUGGGCUGGUGGACGGUAUCGUGACAGAUGAUUCCGACACAUUCCUUUUUGGAGGCACGCGCGUUUACAAGAACAUGUUCAACAGCAACAAACUUGUUGAGUGCUACCUAUCGUCGGAUCUUGACAAGGAACUUUCGCUGUCACGCGAGCAACUAGUGUCAAUUGCCCUGCUUCUUGGGUCUGAUUACACGGAUGGCUUGCCAGGCGUGGGCCCUGUCACGGCAGUUGAGAUUCUCUCCGAGUUUCCAGAGUCGGAGGGCGGCCUGGCUGCAUUUUGCGAUUGGUGGGCGGAUUUCCGCAAGAGCCAGGCGACCAAGCUAUUCUUGCCUGUGGGAUUCCCCAACCCAGCGGUGAGGGAAGCCUACAUGAAGCCUGAAGUAGAUGACAGCCCCGAAACAUUCCAGUGGGGUGUACCAAACUUGGAAGGUCUGCGGCAGUACCUCAUGGCCACAAUCGGCUGGAGCGAAGAGCGUACGGACGAGGUGCUGGUGCCUGUCAUACGUGACAUGAACCGGAGGGACGUGGAGGGCACUCAGAGCAACAUCACACGCUAUUUUGAAGGCAGCAUCGGGACUGGCGCCAAAGAGUCGUUCGCGCCACGACAAAAACAAAAGCCAAGUAAGCGCAUGGCCGAAGCGGUCAACAAACUGAGGAACACUGGCGCAGGUGUCUCGGAAUCAUCACCAACUACGGAUGCCUCGAUGACAUCAAACGAGGAACAGGAGGAGUCAGGCGAGGAUGAUGACGAGGCGGAGGCCGCGGUGCCGCGGACGAGGGGUCGCGGCAAGAGGACGAAGGCGGAUCGCUGA